AUGCCCCCUCACGAGCAGUUCAGCACGGUCUUGGGCUUCAGCACUGACGGCGGACAAGCGCCUCGCCUCUCCGGCCGCCUCGGGGGAGACCCGCACCGGAAACGCCAGCAGUCCGCGGCGCGUUUAAAAUGUGGCAUCUGCUUGGCCCGGCGCUUGGCGGAAACGCGCCUACGCCGCCCACCUCUCUGCACCCCAGGGGAUCGGGGUGUCCCAGCUUGGGGCAGGAGGCUCUGCGCAGAGCGGCAGGUCCAGGGCGAGCCCUCGGCAGGACCGGAAGUGUCGGCCUGGGCCCGGCUCUUCGCCCUCUGCAGGGGUCACCCUGUCACCAGCCCCCUCCUGCUCCCCAGGUUCGGACCCCGCCGCAUCCGGGAGGAGUCAGCGAUGCUGCGAGCCGCCAACCCUAGCACAGGGGCUCUCCCCUUCCAGGCUCUUGCUGUGGCCGACCUGGGCGAUGUGAACGUCAAUCUCUACGACCUCCAGGACAGCUGCAGGCGGGUCCGAGAGGCCUUCCAGAAGAUUGUGGCUGCCGGCUGCGUUCCUCUGACCAUGGGUGGAGAUCACACAAUCACAUAUCCCAUAUUGCAAGCAAUGGCAGAAAAGCAUGGCCCCGUGGGGCUGCUGCACGUGGACGCGCACACAGACACGGCCGACAAGGCCCUGGGGCAGAAGCUCUAUCACGGCUCGCCCUUCCGCCGCGCCGUGGAUGAGGGGCUCCUGGACUGCAGGCGGGUGGUGCAGAUCGGCGUUCGGGGCUCUGCGGCCACCUUGGAUCCCCACCGCUACAGCCGGAGCCAGGGCUUCCGAGUGGUCCUGGCUGAAGAAUGCUGGUUCAAGUCCCUGGUGCCGCUGAUGGCAGAGGUCCGGCAGCACCUGGGAGGCAAGCCCCUGUACAUCAGCUUCGACAUCGAUGCCUUGGACCCCGCCUAUGCCCCGGGGACAGGGACCCCUGAGAUCGCUGGUCUCGCCCCAAGCCAGGCUCUCGAGAUCAUCCGGGGCUGUCAAGGCCUGAACGUGGUGGGAGGAGACCUUGUGGAAGUUUCCCCGCAGUAUGACGUUUCUGGAAACACGGCCCUCCUGGCGGCCAACCUGCUGUUCGAGAUGCUGUGUGUGCUCCCCAGGGUGAUGACUGCCUGAGCCUCCCACAGCCUGCCUCGCCGGCCAAUCACCAGAAUUUCUGAGUCACAGUCUUGAUUCUUGUUGUUGUUGUUUUGUAUUUUGAGACCGGGUCUCACUAUGUAGUUGAGACUGACCUGGAACUCACUAUGUAG